AUGAAGUCUGUCGCUGCUUUCUCCGUCAUCGCCGCCGCCAUGGCUGGCUUCACCCAGGCUUGCUCUACUCCUGGCAACUUCAUUGUUACCUUCUAUGGCUACCCCGACAACAGCCCUCCCGGACCUGGUACUGCUCACAACUGCGGUGGCCGUAACUUCAAGGCUGGUGGUACCGGAACUUAUGCUGAUCCCAUCACCAUUGCCACUGCCCCUGGCGAGCUCAACGUUUGCGAGAUUGUCUACCUUCCCCUGUUGACCAAGUAUGGUCGUUACGAGGAUGACUGUGAGCAGUGUCAGACCGACUCAAACAACGGCCAGCCUCACAUUGACAUCUGGACUGGUUCCAACAGCCAGAACGGCGGCCAGAACCAGAUCAACUGCGAGAAUAACCUCACCUUCGGUGGCCGUUACUCCAUCGUCCGCAACCCCCCUACCAACUACGGUGUUGACACCACCCCUCUCUUCUCUGCUCCCAACACUUGCAACACCAACCACGUCUACCCCAGCAACCCUGCUCACUGCUAA